AAGGCCCCACACAUCAGUAGUGUCCUCAGCUCCCGACCACAAGAAGAUACGCUUGCUUUAUCCUCUCCUGCUCCUUCGAGGGACGCGCAGCGCCAGGCAGCGAGGCAUCAUCCAUGGAGGUGGUGGGCGGCGUGUCGCUGAGGCCGCCGUCGGCGCAGGCGCCGGCGCGCAUCUGGCAGCUGUCGUCCGUCGACGUCGGCGGGCGGUGCUUCGUCCUCAGGGCGGCGCCGCGGAGGCAGCCGGCGAGGCGCGCGCUGGUGGUGGAGGCCCGGGGGAGGAGCUGGUCGGAGCGGCAGAUGCUGCAGCAGCGCCGCGCGCCGCAGCUUCCCAAGGUCGAGGACGACGGCAACCCGCGCUUCGUCAUCUUCAUCCGCACCGCCAAUGUCUACUUCUGGUACCCGCUCAACGUCAUCACCGGCGGCACGACGGCGAAGAUCAUGCUCGCCGCCAAGGAUAACUUCCUCGGCAAGUACAUCUACAAAGACACGCUCGCCAGGAACCUCGCUGCCGUCAUCUACAAAGAUGAGGAUGAGAUUAUCGACACGGCAAAAGCGCAAUACCGUGUGCUGAAGACCGAAAACGAGUUUCGAUAUGGCUACAAAGUUGUGGAGAAUGGAAACAUUAGGUCUGCGCUUACGACAAGUAAUGUGAUCGAACUUCCAAAGAAAGACGAGCUCAAAACUGUGGUUGACAAGGUGAAGGACUUCUUUGGAGACGUAACCGCUGGAGCCAAAGAAUCCUUUGCACAGAUCACAGGAACUGCUGAAACCAAAGAAGAGGAAGCAGAAGGCAAAGAAGAGAAGUUCCGCUCAAAGAGACGAAAGAAGCAGCGGAAGUCGAAGCAGAGACUCAAGACGGAGAAAUGAUUGUCACUCAGCACAUCAGGGGUCGUCAGACAAGUGAAGCACAGGCUGAAGUUUUGCCAUCUAUGUCCCGGAGUUGCUCUUUAAUUUCUCCAGAUUUUAUUUUAUCUUAUUUUUGCAAAGAGACAAUGUGUAACCUCCUUGCGACUAACGAGUGUAAUGACUUCUCACUACAUCUCACAAAAUUCGGUGAAGGUUGCAGGUCUUGCAGCUGUAUAUUGAUUUAAUUUCUUGGGAGUUGAAAGUGAGUUGUUGUACAGUGCGGAUAUGAAUUGUAUCUUGUUGCAGUUGAAUUCUCUUUAUGUGUUACA